AUGGAAUAAAUAUUUGGAAAUUCUGUUUCACACAGCAAUUAAAUAGCUUUAUCAAGUGACUUUGCUUAUUCAGCUGGUUAAAAGGUAGUGUAUUAUUCAAUAGAAAAUAAUGAAUAAUAAAACUUUUUAAUUGGAUAAGCUUAAGUAAAUUCCAUACUUAUAUCCAGAGAUGGUAAUCUGAUUUUUACAGGAGAACAGAGUUUUAAAAGUCCAGCAAUCAAUAUUUAUAAAGUAACUACAGAGAAAAUUAUUGAACCUGUUCAUCGAUUAAUAGGUCAUAAAUUUGGAAUUAAGCAAUUAUUGGAAUCUCCAAUUAAACCAUUUUUAUUGUCUCUUGGAACAGAGUAAGAUAAAACACUAUUUUUGUGGGAUUUAUAAACAAAUAAAAGUUUGGCUAUCAACAAGCUUUAGAAUAAAGUGAAUUCAAUUAGGUUUUCAAAAACAGGAACUAUUUUGAUUAGUGCAGGUUAGUCUCAUUUACAAUAUUGGCAAUUUCGUUAAGAUGGAACUCCUAUAUUCGAAGGAUUAACUCUUUAAUCUAAAAGUUUUUAAUUAUUUGACUAAUUUGUAUCAAAAAAUUACAUAGAUUGUUUUAUUGAUGACAAUGUGUAUGCAUUCACAUCUGAUGCCCUAUUGUGUAUUUUUUCAUUGGCCACAAAAUAGUUGUUGUCUUUUAUGCAGCUAGAUUUAAUACAUCUCUUCACAUAUACCUUUAAUGGAAAGUACUUUUUUUUUGGAAGUUCAAAUUCUAAAAUUUAAAUUUGUGAUUCUGAAUUGUAACAUGUUUCCUUUCUCACUUAAAACAAUUAAACUACUCAGGAAUAUGAUUGCAUAGGAAUUGAAGCUAAUGAUAUUUAUUUGAUCUCUGCAUAUCGCAAUAGGAAUAUUGCAUUUUGGAACAUCACUAAUAUCAAUAAGAUUGAAUAAAUAAGAGUACUUUAUAGUCAUAGUAAUGUUAUUAAUGAUUUGAUUGUUCUUAAACCUUAAUCAACUUAGGAAGUAUCAUUCUUUGCUUCAAUUAGUGAAUAAUAUCUGACCAUCUGGCACACCAAUUCUAAUAACAGAAUCAGGAAACUGAAUUUGCAUAGCAAUGUUACUUAUGUAGAACAAUUCAAAUCUGAUUUUUAAUAUAAUGAGUUAAGGUGUCUAUCUUUAUCUAGUGAUGGGUAAUAUUUGGCUAUUGGAGACACCUAUGGAUUGUUGAAAGUUUUUUCAUUUGUCAGUUUUAAGUAGUUGGCCUCUGUUUAGGCUCAUACUUUGAAAAUAACAGCAAUUUAAUACUGGGCUUUCAAUAAUAGUUUUAUGACAGGAUCAGAAGAUAAAACCAUUGCAAUAUAUGAGAAAUCAAACUUUAAAAAUUAUUGCCUUCUUUCUCAUCAUACUGAUUCAAUACUAAACAUAUUUACUUAUUAAAAUAAGAUCAUUACAUAUUCGAAAGAUAAGUAUCUUGUAUUUUUAGAAUAUUCCUAAUCAAAUUACAAUAUCUACCAUAAAUCAAUGGUGAGUAGAAUAAAUUCAAUUGAUUAAGAUUAAAACCUCCUGUUCAUUUUAUAGGAUGGAGUAGUCUCUGUUAUUGAUAUCUUGCGAAAUCAUCAGAAAUUAAUUUUAAAUAUCUAAGAUUGUUUAAAAUUGAGAGUUUCUCACCAAGAUAAUUACAGAAUUCUGGCGACUACAUCCUAUAAAAAGGUUACACUUUAUAAAUACUUGAAUGAGAAUGACUAUAAAAAAAUAGAAGAAUUAGAUAUUGAUAAUAUAGUCACGAUUGAAUUUGCCAAUAAUAAUACACAUUUAAUUUUUAUGACAAGAGAGGCGAAUACAAUAAUACUGUGGAAACUCAAUUCUAUAAAAUCAGUAAAAGCAUAAGAAACCCAAUCUUUACAAUAGAGUUGGGUAAAGAAUCAUUUUUGGAACAAUAAUAAAUAGAGUUCAGAAUAAGAAUAAUAAAUUGAAGAAGAUGCGAUCAUAAAAUUUGAUUCAGAAAGUGAUGAAGGCUAGAUAGAAUAAAAUAAAGUUGUAUCUGAAACUCCAAGAUUAGAUUUAUUGGCUUUAACAUUAGGUGCAUAGCAUGCAGGGGAAAUAAAAAAAUAAUUAGAAUAAGCUACCUAAUAAAUUAACAAGUAAAUUUAACUAAAAUAAGAGGAACAAGGUCUGUUGCAUAACCCAUUUUAUGAAGAACAAAAAAGUAUGCAAGAAUUUCAUAAGAAACAGAAUUCAAAAAUAAUGUAAAGGUAGUUAUUGAACAAAGCACCUAAGUAAGAUUAAGUUAAGGAUCAAUCAAAAGUUGAAUAAAACUAUGCUAUUACUAAUAGUAUUGCAUUGCCUAUUCAAAGCUUUUUAGGGUAAAAGAAUCAAAAUUAAAUAGUAUAAUAUGAUAAAAUGCCCACUAUAGAAAUGGAUAUCAAAAGAUUUGAGAGUAGUUAGGUUAUGAAAAAUAUUUCAUAGAGUAUUCGUAAUAUAUCUAAAUUCUAAAGUUCUUUUCAACCUGAAAAUUCUAUCGUGUUAAAUUGCUCGUACAAUUUUACUGAAAGAAAGCAGGAUGAUUAGAAUUAUGAUGACGAGAAUCUACUAUAUGUAUUUGAUAUCAAAGAUAAAAUAGUAAAAUCAAUAGAUUAAAAGUGCCAAAUUUCAAAUGCGAUUGAUAAUGAUUUAAUUGAACGAACUUAUUGA